AUGUCCUUUUAUUUACAUUCCGACGUGUUAAAACGUAGAUCAAAGUAUUUUCAAGCUGCUUUAUCAAGCGAGUGGGUAAGAAAACAGGAGAAUUUAAUCGUAUUAAGUUUACCAACUAUUUCUCCUGAAGUAUUUAAUUUUAUACUAAAUCAUUUAUAUACGGAAAAAUUAUCUUUUGAAGGUGCUCCAACUGAUGGAAAAAGUUGUUUAAAUCGUAUAGUGGCUGCUGACGAAUUAGGUCUUAGUCUAUUGUCAUUACAUGAACAACGUUCCUUAAUAGCAAAUCGUUCAGAAUGGUUACACGAUUGGGAACUCUUAAAAUCUCGUUUGAUUAAUAUUAUUCCAUUAGUUAGGUUCGAACAUAUUUCAAGAAGAGAUCUUUAUAAAUAUGUUAAACCUUUUUCCGAACUUUUACCAAAAAAUGUCUUGGCAAUAAUUCCAACUCAAGAAUAUGAUUGUAUUCUUUCUAACAAUUUGAAUACUAUUAACUUUGAUGACAAAGAGAAUCUCAUUAAUUUUGAUAAUAAUGGAAUCAUCAUUAACUUUGAUAACAAAGAGAACUCCAUUAACUUUGAUAACAAAGAGAGUUCCAUUAACUUAAAUAACAAUGACCUCAUUUUUAACGAUAGUAAAGGGGAUAUGCUUAAUUUCGAUAACAAGGACUUCAUGUUUAACGAUAGUAAAGGGAAUAUGCUUAAUUUUGAUAAUAAUUUGAACAUUUUUAACGAUAUCAAAAGUAAUACUUUUAAUAUUGAUAACAAAUUUAACUUUGAUAUCAAAAAAAAUAUUGUAAAUGUUUCCAAUAUCAAACGUUCUCAACAAAUCGAUUCAAUAAUAAUUUCUAUCUCUCAUCUACCUCAAAUAUCUGAUUGGAUUAAGGGCAAACCUACCGAUAACCUUCUUCAUCCAAUUCCCUUUAAUUUCUCUCUAAUUUUUAGAGCAAGUAGAGAUGGUUAUUCCCCUGAAACUUUUCAUAGAUGGUGUGAUGAUUACGGUGCUCCAACAUUAACUGUAAUUAAACUUAAAGAUUCUUGCCAAAUUAUUGGUGGUUAUAAUUGUUUUUCUUGGAAAUCUCCUUUAUUUACAACCACUCAACAUGACGAAAAUGCUUUUAUUUUUUCCUUAUGCGAUAAAGAUGGUAAUAGAGAAAGGGCUAAAGUCGCUAGACCUAAACGAAUUAAAAUGAAUAAUUGUGAUAAUAAAAAGGGUAAUUUAUUAUGUAAUAGUAAAAUGGGUAAUUUACUAUGUAAUAGUAAAAAAGGUAACUUUAUAAAGGCAACGAAAGAUCAUUUCAUAUCACCAGGUCCAUCUUUAAAAUUUUCAAGAUUUCGUGGUCCAUGUUUUGGAAAAAGUGAUUUACAAUUACAAAAUCGCCUUUGUUAUUGUAAACAACGUGAUUAUGAUGACAACAUUACUGAUCAAUCUGGACUCUUUGAAAUUGAUGAUUUUGAAAUCUUUCGUGUGGAAAUGUGUCAAAAAUAA